AUGAUGAAAGCUCGAAGACCAGAGCCAGCAGAAAUUUGCCACAAUAACAUGCGCUUCCUGAUCACAGACCGUCCAACUGAUGCCAACCUGGACAAGUUUCUUCAGGAUCUGCAGAAACAUGGAGUCAAGGAUGUAGUCAGGGUCUGUGAGCCUACGUACAGCAAGGAGAAGUUGUCUGAUAGUGGCAUACGAGUGCUGGACUGGGAGUUUGAUGAUGGCAGCCCCCCACCUCCUGAUGUUGUCCAAGACUGGUUCAACCUGCUGAAGACUCGUUUCACAGAGGAACCUGGCUGUUGUGUUGCUGUACACUGUGUGGCUGGCUUAGGAAGAGCACCGGUUCUAGUGGCCCUGGCUUUGAUGGAGGCUGGUCUUAAGUACGAAGAUGCCGUGGAAAUGAUCAGAGAGAAACGGCGUGGUGCUCUCAAUGCUAAACAGCUGACCUACCUGGAACACUACAGGGCAAAGUACAGACUUCGCCAGAAGAAUGGGGGCAGUCAUGGCUGUGCUAUACUGUAG